AUAUCUCUCCGUAUCAUGGCCCACGUGAGACACUUUCGGACAUUAGUUUCGGGAUUUUACUUCUGGGAAGCAGCAUUGUUACUCAGUUUGGUUGCCACAAAGGAAACAAAUAGUGCAAGAUCUCGAAGUGCUCCAAUGUCACCUUCUGACUUUCUGGAUAAAUUAAUGGGGAGGACAUCAGGAUAUGAUGCAAGAAUCAGACCCAAUUUUAAAGGCCCUCCAGUUAAUGUCACAUGCAACAUAUUCAUCAACAGCUUUGGCUCUAUUGCAGAGACGACCAUGGAUUACAGAGUGAAUAUCUUUCUUCGUCAAAAAUGGAAUGAUCCCCGCCUUGCAUACAGUGAAUAUCCUGAUGACUCUUUAGACCUCGACCCCUCCAUGUUGGAUUCCAUUUGGAAACCUGAUUUGUUCUUUGCCAAUGAAAAGGGUGCCAACUUUCAUGAAGUCACUACAGACAACAAAUUGCUCAGAAUUUUCAAAAACGGAAAUGUCCUUUAUUCAAUAAGAUUAACAUUAACACUUUCCUGUCCAAUGGAUCUCAAGAAUUUUCCCAUGGAUGUACAAACAUGCAUAAUGCAACUGGAAAGCUUUGGGUACACAAUGAAUGACCUCAUUUUUGAAUGGCAAGAUGAGGCACCUGUACAAGUAGCAGAAGGACUCACUUUGCCCCAGUUUCUGUUGAAAGAAGAAAAAGAUUUACGAUACUGCACUAAACAUUACAAUACAGGAAAGUUUACGUGUAUAGAAGUGCGAUUCCAUCUGGAGCGACAAAUGGGAUACUAUCUGAUCCAGAUGUACAUUCCCAGUCUCCUGAUUGUUAUUCUAUCCUGGGUUUCAUUCUGGAUCAACAUGGAUGCAGCGCCGGCCAGGGUAGCUCUGGGAAUAACUACUGUGCUGACGAUGACGACACAGAGUUCAGGAUCACGAGCUUCCUUGCCAAAGGUUUCAUAUGUCAAAGCUAUUGAUAUUUGGAUGGCAGUUUGCCUCCUUUUUGUGUUUUCAGCACUUCUGGAGUAUGCAGCUGUAAAUUUCGUAUCAAGACAACACAAAGAACUUCUGAGAUUUCGACGAAAGAGAAAGAAUAAGACAGAAGCUUUUGCACUGGAGAAGUUUUACCGUUUCUCAGAUAUGGAUGAUGAGGUAAGGGAAAGUCGAUUCAGCUUCACAGCCUAUGGAAUGGGACCAUGUCUGCAAGCAAAAGACGGCAUGACUCCAAAGGGCCCCAACCACCCUGUCCAGGUAAUGCCAAAAAGCCCGGAUGAAAUGAGGAAGGUCUUUAUCGACCGGGCCAAGAAGAUUGACACCAUCUCCCGAGCCUGCUUCCCAUUAGCUUUUUUGAUUUUUAAUAUUUUCUACUGGGUUAUCUAUAAAAUUCUUAGGCAUGAAGAUAUUCAUCAGCAGCAAGAUUAAGUUUCUGAGGGCAAGCAAGUGGAAAUGGUCAAUUCAGAAGAAAGUGUCUCUGCCGUAGGUGUGUAGGUGUGUAUGUGUACGUGUGGUGUACAAUUGAUGACCCUGGUAUUAAAAUGACAUAUGGAAAAGGUUUGUAUUUUGGGUAGCUAUGCAAAGUCAUGUGACAGAUAAGAUUAUUUUAAUAAAUAUAAAAUAUUCAUUAGGGGAUUUUAUUUCAUAUUAAUUCCAGAUGAUUUGUUUUUUCACAGUAAAC